AUGUCCGGCAGGACAAGAGAACCCAUGUGGUAUUGCCAUGAGGUCCCUGACCCUCACUGCGCGUCAUGCAAUGGCACAUUUGUCGAGAAGAUAGAGGACCCGGCCGACGACCCUCGACAGUUCGGCCUCGCGGACGGCGGCCACUGGGGGAACGGCCCUCUACCAGGAGAUAUGGAUACUUUCCUGAGCGGCUUGCGGUCAAUACUUGGUGGCGGAGCACCCGUACCUCCAAUGGCCCCCACUCCUCCUCCUGCCCCCGUGCCACCCUACAACAACAACUCAAGCAACUCCAAUGACGCCUCUCAUACGACUACUACCACCACGAGAAAUUUGGGGCGCAAUGGUCAGUUCACGAUACGGAUAGAGCGCUCAAGCACCUCGGGCGGGCGAACGCGUACGGUUGUGACGGGUGGGCCACAGCCCGGUGGAGGCGGGAACGCUGAUACUGCGGGUGAAGUACCUAGGUUAUCGCAAUUCGUCCCACGGAACGCCGAUGGCUCUCCGCAAGAACGCGCUAAUAUCACUGGUCCACUGCUGACACAAUACCUGUUGGCGCUCAUGGGCAAUGGUCUAGGUGGUAACCGGAAUGGAGAUCCCUUCGCUGAGCUAUUUGGCGGUAUGUUCGGUCCUGGCGGCAUGCCUCCCGGUGGCGGUGAGAAUGGGCGAUGGGGAGAUUAUGUCUUCAACCAAGAGGCACUCGACCAAAUCAUCUCCCAAAUCAUGGAGAAUAACAAUGCUCACCAGCCAGUGCCCGCUACUGAACAAGUCGUGGAGAAGCUGCCUCGAGAAGUCCUGGAGGAAGGCUCGCCACUUCUGGAGAAGGAUUGCGCGGUGUGCAAAGACCAGUUCAAGCUGGAGACCGAGGACCCCGAUGAACAGAUUGUCAUCACGCUCCCGUGCCAACACCCGUUCCAUGAACCCUGUAUACUUCCAUGGCUCAAAACAAGCGGGACAUGUCCCAAAUCAUGGGAUAAUAUUCACAUCAACUGCAGAUACCAGCUUGUUCCGCAACCAGACUCGCAUGCUCCGGGUCCAGGACCUCCGUCCGCCGGCUCGAGUCGAUCCAACAGUUCAUCCACUGGGGACAAUAAUGGCGGUGGCGGGAUCCUGCAGAACAUGAUCAAUCUAUUCGCCCAGGCGGGCCAGGCCCAAAACCAGCAGGGCUCGGGCGGGAACAGUGGAUCCAGCAGCGGCCAACGACAAAACAGCACUCCUUCUACCUCCUCCUCCCAGUCAUCAUCGACCCAUCCGCGGGCCCACGACGACUUUGAUAUUCCCGGCGGUUGGGGAGACGAUUUGGACUAG